UUCAGGUCCAUAUCUUCUCCAGAAUCCUCAGACCUUCUCUUGACUAUCAAACAACUCACGCACCUUCACUUACAAGCCCAAUUCUCAAUCAACCCUUAUUCUCUCCUACACAAUGUCUGCACCAAACCAAGGUCGUCAGUCACCAGACCCCGAGCGCCAGACCGGCGCUCAGCAGCAAGACCAUCCCUCCCAGCCCGGUAGCGGAAAGCUCGACAACUCCCAAGGCAAGAACGAAGGCAAAGAUGACCAAACCGCCAAUCUCACGAGCAACCCUAAGCACAUCCUUCAAGAUCAUGCCGAAACAAAGACGGCCAAGGGCACAGGAGCGUCAAGCUAGAGUUAUGCUGGGCUGAAUUGAAGAGAUUGCCGAAUUUAGAACGUGGGAGUGGGCAGUCAUUCCCAAUGGGCUGUGAGAUCACUUAAGAAACAAGUCGAAAAUCACAAAACCAACCAUCAAAAGUCCUUGUACCAGCUUCAUCAAUCCUUGAAAACUGUAUCUCUACCCC